CUCACCUUGUUGACACUCCAUUUAAGUCCUCCAUUAGCCUACACCAAAACAUUAGAAGUAUCUGUCGACAUUGUGAUUACAAGAGUACGAUGAACAACUUUUGGAAAACAGCAAUUCUCCUGGCUACGACCGUCGCGGCUGCACACUGCCUGAUCUGCCGCCGGUGCCCCGUCGGUAUAUUGAACCUGUGUCUGUUUGGCAGUGAUAUCACGUGUGACAAUGCAACGCAGAGCUGCUAUCGUGGAAAUGCACAGUUCCUAUCCAGCGAAGGGUUCAGCCUCCAUAUCCGCGGCUGCCUGGACUCAGACCUGUGCGGGGACGUGUUGACCGGCAACAUCUUCGGAAACGCUUACACCGCUUCUUUCGAGUGUUGUGACACCGAUCGGUGUAACGGCGCCACGCCCGUUCGACUCUCGCUCCCAAUGGCCGCCUGCGCCGCCGUCUGCCUACUGUGGGCCGUGUAGGGCCUUGGAGAAACUUCAUGUGUUUUUCAAGGACAAAGCAGGUCUUUCCCGUUUGCGCCUUUGUCCUCUUUGCUCUGACUUGAAUGAGCAAACUGAAGUAUCCGUCAGCUUCUACUUGAAUUGCUCCAGAAAAAGCGAUUGGGAAGGUGAUAUUGCAAUCCAGUAAUGCUGCAGCAGUUUCAUAUAGCGCAACAAAGACAAUACAAUAGGGAAACGUUUACUCGUCGAGUCCAAUAUAUAUGGUGUAUACAAAUAUAUACAUUGUAACUACUUGCAGUUUACUUCUCUGUGCAGUGUGGGCAAAAUGAUACUAGUGUGUACUGAAAUUCCAGUCCCAUAAUAAGAAUAAUAAAUUAGGGCGUCAUGAAAAAAAAACGACUGCUAUAUGAGUCUUCUU